AUGUAUAGAUUUUUAGCAUUAUUAUUAUUCCUUGUAAUAUCUCUUCGUCCAUCUUAUUCAAUUGAUUCGGCUGAAUUAUACUCCUUAAAUAGAAUUUCUCAACAAUUUGAAUAUGGAUGGAAAUUUGAUUAUGAUUCUUGCAAUACUCCAUCUACUCAUUGGGAAUGUAAAGAUGGACAUGUAACAAAGUUGGAUUUACCAUCACCUGGAUUUGCCAUUGCAUUGCCACAAGUUGAAGAUAUCAAAUACCUUACAGACAUCAAGUUGGGUGAACAUAUCUACAUUCAACAUUAUAUUUGGUACCAUUUUUCAAAGUUGAACCUUACUUCAUUAGAAUGUAAAGGUGAAUGUGUUGGAUCUUUACCAGAUGAUUGGGCAAAAUUAUUACCAAAAUCAUUAUUGAAAAUUACAAUGGGAUCUUUUAUCAUUCCAAUUCCACAUUCAAUCUUCCAAACUGGUGUUAAAACCAUUAAAUUCCGUACUAGUUCAGGUUUUGUACCAAAAUAUCCAGGUGUAGCAGCAUGUGAAAAUCAAGGAGAUGGUUUUAAAUGGGCAACUACUGGGCCAUUAACUAUUGAAUUGGUAAAGGAUUAUCUCGCCAAGGAUGGAGUGAUGAAGAUUAAGGAAUAUGAUAUUACCAUGGGUAAUGCAACUUGGAGAGUCGCACAAAUGGGAGAGAGACAAGAAAAGUGUCUCAGAGGACCAAAUGGAUCUGAAAAGACCAUCGAAGAGGAACCAUACACUCAAGAAUCCAUCUCGAGUACUGGUGCUGCUCUUCCAAGUGAGGUAGCUGAACAUAAAAAGCAGGAUAAUCCAGCAUCCACCAUCAUGGCUCCCAUCUACCUUUGUACCAUUAUCUUUUCAUUUGCAAUGAUAUUGGUUGGUCAAUUUUAA